AUGGAAUAUUUUCAUUACUAUCGUAGUUGGAUGUACGAUAGAACGUAUCCAGGAAGACGUGGACUUAAACCGAACUUUGAGGAAGGAGUUAAAGGGUUUAUCACAUGGGCUUUCGCUCAAGAAUGUUGUCUAAGCGAAGGAGGAGUAAGAUGUCCUUGUCUAAAAUGUGAAUGUAGACCUAUAAUUAGUGACCCGGAGGAAGUAGAACGUCAUUUGAAGAGAAGGGGUUUCAUUAAAAAUUACUGGGUUUGGACAUAUAAUGGAGAACAGUUGCCGAGUAAUGUACAAAGGACUACGACUACACAUGCUUCUAGCAGUCGAUCACAUAUGGAACACCGGGAAGAAUUUAGUUUGAUCAGUGACAUGGUUGGCGAUGCUUUUGGGGUUAACGUGACCUAUGAUGAACCUCAAGACUUCGAUCAGGAAGAGUUGCCGAAUGAGGAAGCUCAAAAAUUUUAUCAAUUGUUGCAAGAAAUGAAUACGCCGUUGUUUGAAGGGUCGUCAGACUCAAAAUUAUCGAUGUGUGUGAGAUUAUUGGCCGCCAAGUCCAAUUGGAAUGUUCCUGACCAGUGUUUGGAAUUCUUUGCAAAAAUGAUGUUGGACGCAACUCCUACGAAAGACAACCUUCCCACAAGUUUUUAUGAUGCAAAGAGGUUGGUGUCGAAAUUGGGUUUAGAGGUAAGAAAGAUUGACUGUUGCACUAAUGGUUGCAUGUUGUUUUACGAUAAUGAGUUUGGUACUAAUGAUGGAUCGUUGGAGGAAUGUAAGUUUUGUAAGAGUCCGAGAUACAAAGUUCGCAGUAAAGCCAUUAACCGUAAGCAAAAACAUGUGGCAGUGAAGUCCAUGUUUUAUCUGCCGAUCAUACCAAGGUUAAAAAGAAUGUUUGCUUCAAUGCAUAGUGCAAGUCAAAUGACAUGGCAUCAUACAAACCAAACAAGUUCGGGCACAAUGCGACAUCCAUCUGAUGGUGCGGCAUGGAAGCACUUCGAUAUGAUACAUCCUGAUUUUGCAGCAGAACCUAGAAAUGUCAGACUUGGACUAUGCUCUGAUGGUUUUACUCCAUAUGUCCAAGCGUCUGGAAGUGGAUAUUCUUGUUGGCCAGUUAUUGUUACCCCUUACAACCUCCCUCCUGAGAUGUGCAUGACAAAACCAUACAUGUUUUUGACUUGCCUCAUUCCAGGUCCAAAGAGUCCAAAAGCUGGAAUAGAUGUGUAUUUACAGUUGAGAUUCGUAUGGAUCGAAGGUACAAAGAGUAUGACCCUUUUAUAA